UAUUGAAUGGCAAUCUGAGGGAGCAGCCCCUUGUUGUAACGUUGGGAACAAAACGCUGACGAGCAGCUCAUAGCAUUGACGUCACACGCCACCCCCUGGCGUGUUCACAGUCUUGCAGAAAUUAUAAUUUCAUGAAAGGUGUAUAAAUACAUAGCACAGCGUCGCUAAUUAUAUUAGCACUCUCGCGGUAGUUUGGUGGUGUUUAUAAGCUACAGGUAGCCAACAAAGGUUACCUGCUUCUUUUUACCUGUGAGCUCUCAGUCCAACCGCAACCACGGGGAAUUGUGUGGAAAUCUGCAAAGUGGCUCUGAAGAGGACCCCUAUGUUAGGGCCGCGCCCAAUGGACAUACGAAAACCGCCGCCCCUCACCCACUACCACGAGGAGAGGGACUUUCCGCCUGAGAAAAGGGAUUUAUGCAAAAGUGAACUGUAUAGAAAAAGACGAUGUCAAAAUAUAAUCCCUCCCUCCGACAGCCAGAUACGAGCUCUCGAGGACAGUCUCCGCAAUCUUGAUGGCAUCAGUAGCCCUUCAGGUAUCGGCACGACCACUUCCGUUGUAUUUUCUCUGCGCAACCAAAUCGGACAUCUAGCAAGCGCCCUCCGAAUAUUCCAGGAGAACAAUAUCAACGUGGUGCACAUCGAGUCCCGGAAGUCGCGGCGCGCAGACGCAGAGUACGACAUCUACGUGGACCUGGAGACGGACACGAUCCGACUGGAGGAACUGGUAAACCGUCUCAAGAGGGAGGUGGCCAACAUCACCUUCAACGAGCUCAACAUCCCCAUGUCGCCCCCACCCAACGCCACGGCACCGUGUGAUAUGGAUCAGGUGCCAUGGUUUCCCCGGGCAAUCGGCGACCUGGACAUGUGCGCUCACCGGGUGCUGAUGUACGGGCUGGAGCUUGAUGCCGACCAUCCGGGAUUCAAAGAUGAAGUGUAUCGGAAGAGAAGAAUCCUUUUCGCCGAACUCGCGAUGCAAUACAGCCAUGGCAACCCCAUCCCAAGAGUGGACUAUACAGACGAGGAGAUCCAGACAUGGGGAACUGUGUUCUCGGAGCUGAUGAAGUUGUACCCCACCCACGCCUGCCGGGAGUACCUCAGCAACAUCCCUCUUCUCGUGGAGCAUUGUGGGUACCGAGAGGACAACGUGCCACAACUCGCAGACGUGUCCAGAUUUCUCAAAGCACGGACAGGCUUCCAGCUUCGACCAGUGGCUGGCUAUCUCUCGUCACGUGACUUCCUGGCUGGCCUGGCGUUCCGUAUGUUCCACUGCACCCAGUACAUCCGCCAUAGCUCCGACCCCUUCUACACGCCAGAACCGGACUGUUGCCACGAGCUGAUGGGCCACAUGCCCCUCCUGGCUGACCCCAGUUUCGCCCAGUUCUCCCAGGAGAUCGGACUCGCCUCCCUCGGGGCAUCAGAUGAGGAGGUGUCCAAACUAGCAACAUGCUACUUCUUCACUAUCGAGUUCGGUCUAUGCAAACAGGACGGCGAGCUGAGGGCGUACGGAGCUGGACUGUUGUCCUCCAUAGGCGAGCUGAGGCACGCUUUGACGGACAAGGCGGAGAAGAUCGCCUUCGAGCCAGUGCGGACCAGCACCCAGGAGUGCCUCAUCACCACCUUCCAAGAUGUCUACUUCUACACCGACAGCUUCGAGGAGGCCAAGGAGAGGAUGAGGCAGUUCGCCAGCACCAUCAAAAGGCCCUUCGCCGUGCGUUACAAUCCAUACACACACAGCGUCGACGUCCUCAACAGUACUCGCUGCAUCGCAACCGUAGUGAGCGAGCUGAAGGGAGAUCUGUGCAUCGUCAGCGACGCCCUCCGACGUCUGCAGAUACUGGAGAAACUUAAACAGGAGGAAGAGAGGAAGGAAACAGAAAUCUGAAGACGGGGAGAGGAAGGGCUGGGGGACAGUAUUUAUUUAGGUAGUUAGGAGAGGAGAGGAAGAGGUUGUGGGAGGGGGAACUGUAUUUAUUUGAGGGUGAUGACAUAGGGAGAAGAUUAGAUGAAGAUGGAAGUACGAACAUUCGUGAGAGGAAGAAGGCGUAUAUAUUGUGUGUUAUUGUUCAGACUGACAGAUUAACUGGGCUUUUAUGACCGCUUCAAGCUAAUGCUUAGUUCCCACUCGGAGCUGAUAUUGUGGUUGGGCGAUGGGAGUGGAGGCAUGAAAAUUCAUGAGAGGAAGUAGGCGUGUUAAUUAUUUGAUUGGUUGGUCGAUUAACCAUUGCUUUUACGAGCGCUUCCAGCUAACGCUUAGUUCCGCUCGGGGCGGAGUUGAUACCGUUUGAGGAAGCUGACGGGUUGGUACAUGCUGUAGAAACAAAAUGGGCGGGAGUUGUUCUUGAGUGAGAGAAAUAAAAGCUGUUCUCCAACAGCAUAAUGGACUAUUUUUAGAAUGAUGUCAGGUUGGAUGUUUGAAAUAAGGUGUAUUUGUUACAUAGUAAAGGUUGGUAUUCGGUGAAAUGUGUGGAAUGUUAUAUUGAUGUAUUUAUUAUAUUGUUGAAGCUUCGAAGUAACGGAUUUGGGUGAGGCGGAGAGAAACGGGUAUGAUUCGGAGAUCCUCGGUCCCACGUGAUAUUAGUAACGGUUAUCAUAAGACUGUUUGUAUAGAAGCACGUGGGAUACCGAUUUCACGUGAUAUGUUUUCGGAUGGUGGCAUGCAUGCUCUAAGCGGGCUAUUGCAAACCGUGUAAACCUAGUGACUUGCUUGGAUCACUGAGAGAUAUGUCAGAAUACAGAGGGACAGUAAGGCCACGAACAGUUUAGAAUGAUUGUUGGUCUUCCCAUUUCGACUCCUGUCAUCUUAAGGAUUUUCUAGGGUAAAUGGUCCGCUUUAAAUAUUAAUUCUAUGAAUAUCAAGAGAGCCUGCAUUUUACCAGAGACGUUGGCGCUUGCUAAUGAGUUUUCUUCCUAAUUAGAAGAAAAUUGUUAUUUUUGAAAAUCAACUUUGGAUGAGAAGCAUUUCUUCUUAGUAUAAUGCGAACAAAACCAUUUAUAACAAUGUCUAGGGGUAUGGCCGAUUAUUCCCUCUGCCGACUUCAUGGUGUCCAGCGAUGACACAAAAAAAUAAUUCUCUUUUUUUUGAAGCCAUAUAGUCAAAUAUUAGUAACAAAAAAUAUAUAGCUUUUCAAACAUACUUUUCAAGCGAUAUUUUAAAGUGUGACAAAGAAAAUAGGAAAACAAAACUAAUUGUGGUACUGACAUGUAAAAUAAUUACGUUUAUUUACCUCAUUCAAAACGAAUUUCCCAUGCGAAGAGGGAAAAACUGUUUUAAAAUUUGAAUUUUGAGGAAAGUUUAAUAAAAUUAAACCAAGUACUAUUUCUGCUGCCAAUACUACAUGUAGCAUAGAUGACAUAUAUAUGCUUUAUAUUUGUAGAUUGUGUGUUCAAAUGUAUCCUGUACAAAUACAAAUACUGAGUUUAUAUUAAACACCCAGUGUUUGUUGUCGGGAGCGUUGUUGCACGAGGAUACUUGACAGGUGCUACAGGUAUCGGUAUACAGGCAAGCUUAGAUUACAGGUAUUGUAGUGUCAUAGAGUUCGGUGUUAUAUUUUAAACGUGUGUACAUUUGUAAAAAUGAUUACUCAAGAAGGGUAUUAUUAUGUUAAAUACGGCGAAUCCCCUUUACCCGGACGGUUUCGUUGAUAGUGAAAUAACCCCGACUAACAAUAUCCGGAUAAACGAGUCAUGGUAUUCACUUGAGUCAUAAAGAGACGUCAUCAUAUUAUUGGCCGGAUGUAGAUGUUUCCGGGGUCAAGCGGUUCCACUGCGUAUGGGAUUAGAAUUAGAUAUCAAGUAGAUACAGUGUUAUACAUUAGUUUCAAAAGUAAUAAAAUACCAGAUAUUC